AUGCGGAUAUUGAUAAUCGGUUCGAUUCUCUGCUGGUUUUGUCUGGCGAAAGACAAUGUCCCAAUCAUUGUCACUCCACCGGUGCUGCGGUUGAACUCGACAAACACAAUUUUCAUCACUCCAUUGCAUCGAGUCAAUGGACCAGCGGAUAUCAAAGUGAAGGUCCAUGAGUUGCUUCAAAAUGGAAACUAUCAAACCGAGUACCGGCAUGCAAAGGGGAAAAUCUCAGGUCACGCUCACCCGGUUUCAUUCAAAGUCAACAAUGAUGCUAUUGAGGCGAAUCUCACUGUUACGGUAUCCGGCCAUGUUGAGCAACAAAUUCGUCUUCUUGUGGCCCCGGAUUUGAGAACGAUUUAUUUAAAAACAGACAAAGGAUUCUAUAAAGCCGGCGAAACGAUCAAUCUCCGCUCUGUACCAAUCACGAUCAAUGGAGAGAUUUAUGUUGGACAAAUCGAGUAUGCAUUGGUGAACCCUGAUGGAUUUGAAUUGACAAAGCAUGUGGUUUCCGCUCCGAAUACUCCAUUGUCUCUAACAUUCGAUUUACCUGAACAUCUCUUUUAUGGAGAAUGGCAAAUUAAAGCACGGCCGAUCAACUCACAGAAUCAACCUUUAUUAAACUUUGCUGUCUCGUUUCAAGUCACGGAUUACGCUCUUCCACCAUUUGUUCUUGAUUUUCAAAUUCUUGACGGUGAUUCAAUGACGGAAACUAAAUUGACAGCAAAUGCACAUUACUUCCACGGUGGCCUUGUUUCCGGAUCGGUGACGUUGAAUUGCUUCGAUCCCGACUCUCAAACUCCACACGAGAAGCAACUCCAUCAACCGCUACUCGUCGGCGAGGUUGGUGGCUUUGAUAUC